UUCUGCAUUGACCUUUUAAACGAGUGCGCUGAAAAGCUUGAAUUCAAUUACACCGUGCAUCCUGUGCCAGACGGUAACUACGGCACAGCGAAAGUCAUUGACGGGCAUGAAGUGUGGGAUGGAAUCAUUGGACAACUCCAAUUCCGUAAAGCUGAUUUGGCUGUAGCUAUGCUGACAAUAAACCAUGAAAGGGAACGAGUCAUCGAUUUUACGACGCCUUUUAUGAACCUUGGGAUGAGCAUUAUCUUCAAGAAGCCGGAACAGAAGAAGCCCGAUCUUUUCUCCUUUCUGCGACCUCUUUCGCCCGCGGUCAGUUGGCUUAUUGCGUUCUACUUGUUUACUAUUAUUAUCAUUUAUUUUUACGCCUUUGCAGUGUUGCAUAGUGCCAAUGCAUUAGUCUUUCCGACUAGCUAUGGUCUUGCAAAUCGCUUUCUUUUACAGGCGGUGCUUCCAAAAUUAGAAGCCGCAGCUACAGCAUUCCUUACUUCUGCCUUAGUUUCCAGUUUCCACUAA